AAACUCUUUUAGACUUAUAAGGUUGAAGUCACAUGCGUACUUCAACAAUUCCUGCACAGGUGACGACCCGGGAGCAUGAGACUAUCGCGCCGGCCACAUUGCAUUCCUAUACAACGGCCUCCUAGGAUUGCGCCAUUCCGUCCCAUGUGCCGCUAGAACGCCAGCUUUCCGUCUCAUCUUCCUGCUGCCGAGCCACGAUAUCUUUGCUUCUAGACCCCGCCCGGAGGAACCGCCAAAUCUUCUCGCCGCCCCGCCCUCCGAGAAAAAAAAAAGGCCAACAAUCCCGAACUCCUCUGCACCGACCGACAGCGCGGCAGGCACGACACAGGCCAAACGCUGAGCACGGCUGCAUCUGCAUCUGCACUGCGGCCUCUAACGCACCCGCCCGAUUUGCAUCUGAAUUCGCCUCCCCUCGAAUUCAAAAUGGCCGACUUUCUCCUUUACGUCGGCUACUUCCUAGCCGGGUACACCGCCCUAACACUGUUCUUCUAUAUGCUAUCCGCGAUAAUACCCAAGUCGGCCUUUGUGGCCCGCGCGCUGGCCUCGUAUCUGUCCUUGGUCAUCAGCUCACUGUACGGCGUCGUCAUCUCGGUUGUCCUUCGCGCCUCUGGGCGCCAACAACUUGCGCAAUGGGCUGUUGCUCGGAGUUUCAAGUACCUCAUGGGCUUCUCUACGGGCGUUACCUUCGAGGUUGAGGAUCCCAAGGGUCACCUCAAGAACGUCCGCCCGGCCGUCUUCAUUGGCAACCACCAGACCGAGCUUGACGUGUUGAUGCUCGGGUGCAUGUUCCCCAAGUACUGUAGCGUGACGGCCAAGGCGUCGUUGAAGAAGGUUCCCUUCUUGGGCUGGUUCAUGGCCCUGAGCGGCAGCGUGUUCCUCGACCGUGCCAAUAGCAAGGACGCUCGUCAGGCCUUGCAGGGCGCCGCCAACGAGAUCCGCGACAAGCGCCAAAGCGUCUACAUCUUCCCCGAGGGCACCCGCAGCUAUGCAAAGGAGCCCAUGCUGCUGCCUUUCAAGAAGGGUGCCUUCCACCUCGCAGUCCAGGCCCAGGUGCCCAUCGUGCCGGUCGUUGUCGCAAACUACAGCCACGUGCUUUGGAUCAAGGGGCUUGUGUUCAACGCCGGGAAGAUCCCAUGCAAGGUCCUCGAUCCCAUCCCCACAACUGGCCUUACCGCGGCCGAUGUUGACGAACUGACGAGGUCGACCCGGAAUUUGAUGCUGAACGAACUCUACGCGCUGACCGAAAAAGCACGAGGUCAGCCCGUAACCAAGGUCGAAGCCGACGGCGAUAACGGUGUUGCCAAGGCCACCGGGACUGACGCUAAACCCGCGGCUUAAUGCGAGCCCGUCGCGACAGAAAUCAAGGAUGUAGCCAGCCAUCCAGGGCCCCGGGUUGCAGCCAAACAAACAGAAGUCCCGGGAAGAUACAUCAGCAUGAGUUCCUUGGAAUUCAAACAGCAGAAGAGCAAGAGGCAGAUAUUGCGACGAUAUGCACCGUGCAGCACCGUGCAGUACCGCGCCUCUGAUGGCCGUGCCG